CCAGUUCAAUUACCAGUACGGCGUAGAGAGUCCCGAACAGCAAGUUCCCACCAACAAUGGCGGCCAUCCAAGCAGACUCGUUAAGCCCCAUAGUGGACCUGGCGGACCACCCACCCCAAUACAUAAACCCCGACGCCCCCGUACUAUCCUCCUUAAUGCUAUACAUAGUCCGAGUUCCUGGCAGUCAAGACCUCUUCUUGACAACCCUUCACCCACUACAAUCCACCGUCACGGCAGAAGACGUGAACGCCUGCCUAUACUACAUCCACGUUGAGCCCGUCGUUAACACAAGCAGUAUUUCUCCGUCCACCCUUUCACCACCGCUACCCCGCCCACCCUCUCACCGCCGGUGGUCUUCACAAUCCAUAACGAGGUCCAGGCAUCCUUCCCGCUCCCCGGCACGUCCGAUUCCAACCAUGACGAUUGUACGCCGUGAUCCGGCAACGGGCGCCCAGUGGAACGUGGCGAGAAUAUCCUCCCCCAGCAACGCGGAGGAAGACAUGCAGAGGAUCCUGGUGGAUAUUAUGACGGCGGGGUAUCAGCAGUUUGUGGAGCCGACCGUGGACCCGGACGAGCUUGUUUCUAUCGGGUUUAGACGGGAAAUGUGGAUGGAAGGGGCGGGAUUUUGGUCACGGGUUAAGAAUAUCGGGCACAAGAGGGGGAGGAGCACAAGCACCAGUUCUGACCCCCGCGAGAAGGAAAGUGCGGCUGCGACGCCCGUGGGGGAGAAAAUGAAAAAGAGAGGGUAUGUAUUUGAUGCACUGUGGAGCCCGGGAAAGGGGGAGGAGCGGGGGAGAUGUGGGUUCAAGGAUGAGGCGGGGGGCAAGUUUUUAAAGUGCAAAUACUACCCUCCAACACGCUCUUCGAAAUCCUCCCUCCUUAGCGUGCUGGAAUUCAAACCCCCGUCCACCACUGUCCUCUCCGCUGCGCCCGGGAGGGAAGCCCCCGAGGUGAUCACCAGCAGUAAAUCGAAACUAGGAAUGUUAGUCUGCCACAGCGACGGGCUCUACAUGAUGGAUUUACUGGUGGCGGCGAAUAUGGCGGUAUUCUGGAAGCGUUGGGAAAGUUGGGCAUUGGAGAGGUCGGCCUUGGGCGGCCGUUAAUGAAUUCGUUUUUAUUAUUUCCCCGGCCCGGUACCGGUAUAGGGUGGGUCAGAUUGGACGGACCGAUGAAACC